AUGGCGAAGGUUACUACCAAACCAAAGACAGCGGCUGGCAAGUCGGCUGCAAAACUGUCGAAGAAAGUAAUUAAGGGCUCACAUGGAAAGGUGCUGAAGAUUCGCACGAAGGUGCACUUUUACAAGCCCAAAACCCUUAAGCUUGCCCGCUCCCCACUUUACGCACGCAAGGCCGUACCGUCGCGCAACAAGCUCGAUAAGUACCGCAUCAUCAAGGCUCCGCUUACCACUGAGUCUGCUAUGAAAAAAAUUGAGGACAACAACACUCUCGUCUUUCUCGUGGACUUGCUGGCGAAUAAGCGUCAGAUCAAGGACGCUGUGAAGCAGCUUUACAACAUCAAGGUCGCUAAGGUCAACACCCUCAUCAGGCCCGAUGGUCAGAAGAAGGCAUAUGUGCGCCUUACUGCAGACUACGACGCUCUGGACGUGGCUAACCGAAUUGGUGUAAUCUAA